UUUUGAUGAUUUUUUUUUUUUUAAAAAAAAAAAAUAAUUUUUUUUUAAUUUUUUUUCGGAUUUAAUUUUUUUGUUUUCAAUUUAAUUUUUAAUUAAUUUUUUUUUUUCUGUGAAUUUAUUUUGGAAAUUUUUUUUUUUCGGCGAUUUUGUAAUAAUCUUGUGGUUUUAGUUUUCAUUCUUUUUUUUUUAUUUAUUUUUAAUAUUUUGUUUAUAUUCCUGUUGUUUUCGAGGGGGUACAAAGUAGAGAGUAAAAAAAAAAAGAAACAAGAAAAAUAAAAAAGGAAAAUUCAAUUUUUCUUACUUCAUUUUCGGUCUUUGUUAUUCCAUUUUUUCGGUUUCGGAUAAAUUUUGCUGAAAAACAAAAUUUUUCUCUAUUAUAAAAGAAAAAUGAAAAAAAAAAUUUUAUUUUAGAGUAUAAGUAGAGAAAAAUGUGUGAAAAUUAAGUCAAAAAAGGAAUAAGAAUCUUUAGUAACAGAAAGCAAAUAAAGAAGAAGAAGUAAAAACAAAAAAAAAAGAAAAAAAAAAUAAAAUAGGAAGAAUUUUCUUUUCGAUAAAUUUUUGUUUUUUUUUUUUCUGAAUUUUCACGAAUAGAGGGAAAAAUUUUUUUAUUAUUUUUCUUUUUUAUUAAUUUUUUUUUUUUCGUUUUUCUCUGUGUACAACUUUUGCGUUUUGUUGCUCUUUAAUAUUAUCCUUAUUUUUUUUUUGGUAAUUUUUGUUUUCCUUAUUUCUUUUUCACAAAAGUGUAUAUUUUGUUUUUGUUACGAAUAUUCAUACACAAAAAAAAAAAAAAAAAAAAAAAACUUCGUUUUUAUCGUUUCAUUCCGAGUCCUUCCCUAUACUUUAUGUGUAAUUUGGGUAUGUACACCCGUAUAUGUUCAGCCACGGUAGGACGUGUUACAUCAAAAAAUUAAAUUAAAGGAAGAAAGUUUAUUUUUCGGUUGAAAUUUCAUAAUCGAUUCAUCUAAUACAGAAAAAAAAAGGAUUAAUCAUUAUUAAUAUACAAAUAUAUAUAUACAUCAACAACCUCACAUAAUAUAAUAAAAUAUAUAUAUAUAUACAUAUAUAUAUAUAUAAAAAUAAAAUAAAGUUAAAAGUGUUGUGAGUAAAGAUCAAACAAAAAAAAAAAGAAGAGAAAAUUAAAUAAAAAGAAAAUUUUUUUUUCCAACACCGCCGCCAUCCUGACGUCGUUAAAGAAGAAAUUUUUUAAUAAUAACGUUUCUUAGCAAUAGAUUUUUCUCUUAAAAAAAUAUAUAUAUAUAUUUUUAUUAUUAUUUUUUUUUCUUCAAAAAAUUCAUAAAUAUAUUUUCUGUUCCACCACAUUAUUUUGUUGGUUAUAUUUUAUAAUAUAAAAAAUUAUUUAAUCAGAAUUUUUAAAAACACCAUACAACACAAAAAAUAAUUUUGAGUGAAAUUAAAAAAAAAUUUAAAUUAGAGAAAAAAAAAAAUUAUAUUUUAAAAUUUUGAAAAAAAAAAACACCUCAAGAAAUUCACAUUUUUCUCGUUUAUUGUUCUUAUCUUAUUUUAUUAAAAAAAAAAGAAAAUCGUAUAUAAAAUAAAAAUACAAGACAACAUCAUCCAUUCUUUAUAAUAAAAAUUAAAUAUAAAUAAUAAAAUUAAUAAAAUUAAUAAAAUAUAAAUUGAAAAAAAAAAAAAACAAGAAAAAAAAUAAAAUAAAUAUGCAAUCAUCAACGGCAAUUACGAUUACAGCUCUUUUAUUGCUGAUAACCAUUCAAUCAGGUUCAGCUAUUAAAUGUUUCGUAUGUAACAGCCAUACGGAUCCGAAAUGUGAAAAUGAAAAAGCUGAAAUCCCUGAGAGUUAUUUAAAAGACUGUAGGGAUGAAUAUGCUUCAAGAUUUAAAGGACCUAGCACGUAUUGCAGAAAAAUAACUCAAGUAAUUGAGUUUUCAGUCAAUAGUUUACCACCUGAUAGCCGUACAAUAAGAUCGUGUGGUUUUGUCAAUACAACACGUGUUAAUACUUGUUAUAAUCGUGCUGGUUUUGGUGGUCGCCAAGUUGUUUGCGCAUGUGAUACAGAUGAAUGCAAUUCUGCUAAUAAUUAUAAAAUAUCAUUAUAUACAUUAUUUGCUUCGUUAUUAGCAUUUUAUGGUGUACAAGAACUAAUACCAAAAUUAUUUAUGCAAUUCAAUUAUAAUAAUAAUAAUAUUUAAAUAUUAACAAAAAACUAUUCAUUAAUAUAUACAAUAUAAAAAACAAAUAGUAAAAAUUUCCAGCAAAAUAGAAAAACAAUAACCAUUAUAUAAAAUAAAACAAAACUACUACCUACAAACAAUAAAAAAUUAUAACUGAUAAUAUAGAAAAAUGUUAAACCCAAUAGUAAAACUGAAAACAAAAUAUGUACUAAUUCAAAAAUAAUAUUGUAUAGCAAAGAACAAAAAAAACAAAAAUUUUAUUUUAUUUUUAAAAUAUGUACAACAGCAUCACAUUCAAUUGAUUAAUUUAAAAAAAAAAACUAUAAAAGAAAAAAAAAUAUAUUCAAAAAUUUUAAAUAGAUCAAAAAAUGUUAAAUACAAGAUUUUCUUAGAAUAUAUUAGAAUUAUAUAGAUAUAUUUUAAAAACUCAGACCAUUAAAUGCAAAAACUACAGAAAAAAUACAAUAUUAUAUAGCCUACAAUUGAAAAACUCAACAAUUACAACAAAAACAUCUUAAAAUUUAUAAAAUGUUAGUUACGCACAAUAUAUAACAUACAUAUAUAUAGUAUAUAUUUGUAAAUGAAAAUAUAUAGACGCAUUAAAUUGUAAUUCUUGAAAAAUUAGAGAUCGUUAUACAAUAAUGUAUAAUAAUUAUAAAAUAUGAUCAAACUAUAUACUAUAUAAUUUAAAUUCAAUUGAAUUGAAAACUGUCUGUAAUAUUCAAAUUAUAAGAAUAAUUAAAUAAAAUAGAAUUUUUGAAAAUCUCAUUUUUAAUAAUAAAAAAAUUUAAAUGCAUUAUACUUAUGUAAUGUACUUGCAUAUUGCUAUAUAUAUAAUUAAAUUUUUAAAUAUAAUAAAAAUUGAUUAAAGAACGAAUAAGAUAAAUAUUGCAACAUAUAUCUAGAAUUUGCAACACACGAAAAAAAAAGAACAACAACAAAAUAUGUAAUAUAUGAAAAAAUAUAUAAAUUAUUAAAUUAAAAAAAUAUAUUAAUCAUAAAUUAAAAUUAGUUAUUAAUGAAAAAAAAAAUAUAUAUUUCAAAAUAAAAAUGAUCAAAUUAAGAAUACAUAUAAUUUAUUUUUUAUUUUUUAAGUGAUCAUAAAUAAAAUAACUAUUAAAAAAAAUAAUUAGAAAUAAUUACAUAUAAAAGAAUUCAAUAUAAAAUGAGUAUUUUAUUUUAAUUUCUCAUCUAAUUAUUUAUAAUAUUUUUUGUUUCUAUUAUAUUAUGUGAUUCAUAUAUAUAUAUACGAAUAUAAAAAAUAUUAGAAAUAAAACUAAAUUAAUAUACUAAUAUUAAAAGUGAAAUUCAUUAAAAGAAAGAAACUACUAAAUGCGAUAGUAUAUUAAUGUUAUAUUGCAGAUUAAAAAAAAAUUAAAUUACUCAUUUUAUUCUGAAUUAUAUUUAAAUAUUAAUAUAUAAAUAAAAUUCUUAAAUUAAUUUAUAGAAUUUAAAAUAUAUAUCUAUUAAAAAUAACGCAAUUAAAUGUCAUAUUAUGAAUAUAAACCUAAAUAAAAAUCUAUAUUUUUAAUUAUUAUUUAUAUUAACAAUUGUUAUAAAAUAUAAUAAUAAUAACAGAAAGAAACUUAUUUUGGCAAUUAUUAUUAUAUUUUAAAACAAUGUAACACAUUUUCUUUAUUAUUAUUUUCAACAAAUACAAUACAUUAAUUUUAUGAUAAUUAAAUAAAUAUAUAUAACUAAAAGAAUAAUAUUAUUAAUGAUCUUAUUCUAUAUUUUAAAUAUGUAUAUAAGAUCCAAUAAAAAUAAAUAAUUUAUUCGAACAUAUUUUCUCAAAUAGGAAAUUAUAUAAUUCAAAAUAAAAAUACCAUUAAAUAUAAGAUAUAUUUAAAAAAAAAUUGUAUUUUAUAUUUUUUAAAUAUUUUAAAAUUAUAAUUAUUUUCAGAGAUUUAAUAUAUUAAAAAUUCAAAAUUGAUUUCUUUUUUUCAAAUCACAACAACAAUAAAUAUAACUACUACAAUAACAAUAAACUACUACAAUAGAACAGCAAUAGAACCAAAAAUGAUGAUAACCAAUUACUACGAUUUCACUUCACAAAACUCAAAUAAAAUAGCCCAAAACAAAGAAAUAGAAUAAAAUAAAAUAAAUAGCAAAAAAAAAAAGAGA